AUGGCUAUUUCGCAGCGCAUAAUUUCGCUUGUUAAGAAUGGCAGAACCAGUCUAUUUAGUCGAUCAUUUAGUUCAUCACCCACAGUGUUUGCCACUAAGAUGACGGUUAGAGACGCUCUCAAUUCUGCUAUGCGUGAAGAACUGGAGCGCGAUAAAGACGUCAUCAUUUUAGGUGAAGAAGUCGCCCAGUAUGAUGGAGCCUACAAAGUCACCAAAGGUUUAUGGAAGACGUUUGGUGAUAGUCGUGUUAUGGAUACACCGAUAACAGAGAUGGGUUUCACUGGAAUCGCUGUCGGGGCGGCCAUGGCUGGUCUUAAACCUAUAUGUGAAUUUAUGACGUUUAAUUUCGCUAUGCAAGCCAUAGAUCAGAUUAUCAACUCUGCUGCAAAAUCAGCAUACAUGUCUGCUGGGUUGGUGUCUGUCCCAGUUGUCUUCAGAGGACCAAAUGGAUGUUCCGCUGGGGUCGCUGCUCAGCACAGCCAAGAUUAUGGCGCCUGGUUUGCUAGUUGUCCUGGUCUGAAAGUUCUAGCGCCUUAUAGCUGUGAAGAUUCUCGAGGUCUUUUGAAAACUGCUAUACGCGACCCGGAUCCAGUUGUUUACCUGGAGAGCGAAUUAUUGUAUGGACAGUCAUUCGAUGUAUCAGAUGAAGCAUUGUCUCCAAACUACUUGAUCCCUAUUGGUAAAGCGAAAAUUGAACGACAAGGAAAAGAUGUUACUCUUGUUAGUUACAGUCUGGGAGUAGGUACAUGUCUGGCUGCUGCAGAAGAAUUAGCGAAACUAGGUAUCAGUGCUGAGGUGAUUAACUUGCGUUCCUUGCGACCAAUGGAUGAAGAAACAAUAUUUAAUUCGGUCAAAAAGACACAUCAUUUGGUUACUGUAGAAAAUGGCUGGCCUGUAUGUGGUAUUGGGGCUGAAAUAUGCGCUCGCAUCAUGGAGACUGAUACAUUCAACUAUUUGGAUGCUCCAGUUUUACGAGUGACAGGUGCAGACAUUCCAAUGCCAUAUGCUCUUAAUCUGGAGCGUGCGUCAUAUCCCGAUAUGUAUAAUAUUAUAACUACUGUGAAAAUGGUAAAGAAUGUACAGUGA